UUUUGCGAUACAAUUAACUCCUGACGCCCUACAAACGCAUUGAAACAACAUGACGAAAUGGAAGAACGGCCAACGAAGAUUCAGAAGUGCUCUCAUGAUGGUAGCGGUGCGUCCGUGGUGUUCCCUCUGACGGAAGCUGCAGAUGGAAUUUUGCUCAAGCCUACCUCAAACAGCGAUGAAUCACAUGAACACGACAAAAAUGAUAGUGCCAAGAUCUCAGACUCGAAUCAUAUCAAAACAAUCACAUAUAGUCGUGUAUCGACCAGCAUAGAUGACUCACAAAACACCCCCUCUAACACGUCCAUGGCUUCUCAAACACACCAACCCUCAUCAAGCACAAUCCCGGCGGCCGACCCAACCGGAAUGCCACUCUCCAAGAACGCCCAAAAACGCCUUCUCCGUGCCCAGAAGUGGGACGAAAGCCGCGCUGAACGCAAAGCCUUCAAAAAGCAAAAGGACAAAGAACGCAAAGAACGCAAACGGCAAAAGGCAGCCCUAGAGGCAUCAAACCCUCUUAGCAACACAACCACUACCAAGCCGGCUAUCCAAGAUCCAUCACCCGAUCGAAAACGGCAACUUCCCACCCAGCUUCCCGUCACAUUCAUCUUCGACUGCGAUUUCGAUAGCUACAUGAACGACAAAGAACUCGUAUCGCUGACAGCGCAAGUCACGCGUUCGUACAGCGAUAACAAGCAUGCGAAAUAUAGAGCGCAUAUGUGUAUCUCGAGUUUCAGUGGACGGAUGAAGGAGAGGCUGGAAACAGUGAUGAUGGGACAUUAUAAGGGAUGGAAGGGGGUAAGGUUUUUUGAAGAGGACUUUGUGAAGGUUGCGGAGAGGGCCGGGGAGUGGAUGAGAGGGGAGGAGGGAGGGAAGGUUGCUGGUGCAUUGGAAGGGUGGAGGGGAGGUAGUGGGGUCGUGGGAGACGGGACUGGUGCUGAUAUAGAGCAUGCUAGGAAUGCUGAAGAGAAGGAAACUCAAGGACGCCAGGCGGAGAAUAUUGGUGGUACUCCGAGAAACCAACCAGAUGUGACCGGAGCAGGCGGUGGGACUGGUCAAGCAGAGAAAGACGAAUCUGAUGAAGCAGACGAGGGCGGAUCAUCAGAAGUAAAGCCAGGUGAUCCCUCUGAAGACUCGAGUACAAAUUCCUUUCCUCAGGGCGAAACGAUAUAUCUUACCGCCGACUCGCCCAAUAUUCUGACGCAUCUCACGCCUUUUUCCACCUACAUAUUCGGCGCCAUCGUCGACAAGAACCGGUACAAAGGUCUCUGCUAUAAGCGUGCCCUCGACAAUCGGAUAAAGACUGCCCGACUUCCUAUUGGCCAGUACAUGAAAAUGAACAGCCGCAAAGUGCUGACGACGAAUCAUGUGAAUGAGAUUAUGUUGAAGUGGUUUGAGCUGGGUGAUUGGGGUGCUGCAUUCAUGAGUGUGAUUCCCAAGAGAAAGGGAGGUGAGUUAUUGAGUUACGCUAGCGAACAUGAUGGUAUUUUGUUUGCGGGUGAAAAUGGGGAUGAUGGUGAGAAUAGUGAGCAUGGCGAGGUUCAAGCAGAUGCAGGUGAGAUCGAGGUCAUAGAUGGUGACGACGCCAGUGCGAUCGAAGCUGGACAGAUAGCUGAGAAGUCAGCUGACCGGCCGCAAAUGACAGGCACAUAGCGUUAUAGUGUUUGGAGAUGUGCUGGCUUGAAAUGCGGCUCCGAAUUAAACAACAUUCGCGUGUGUGAAGUACU